CCGCGCAUCGCCUCCCGGACGCUCGGGCUGGCGCGUAUGUUCCGCUACACCGCCGUCUAACUUGCGUCCGACCAGCAGCAGUAGCGCCCAGCAUGCCGCGCGCCGGCUCCGUGCUCCUGGCGCUGGCGGCCCUGCUGCUCGCAGACCAGUACGCACAUGCCGAGUACAUUGACCCAGGCGACGAUGACGUGGACAUAAACCUGGCGGACUACGGGGAAGACCCGACAGACUUGCAGAUGCUUCAGGACGUUGGCAAACGAUCGUCGCUGAUCUACGUUUUCAGGCGCGCGUGCAUCCGCCGCGGGGGGAACUGCGACCACCGGCCCGGCGACUGCUGCCACUCCUCCUCCUGCCGCUGCAACCUCUGGGGCUCCAACUGCCGCUGCCAGCGCAUGGGCCUCUUCCAGAAGUGGGGCUAGACCGGCCCCACCACGACCACCGCAUUAUCACUGGACCCGUUGCGUUCUAGCUUCCAUAUCCUCCGAACAGGGACUUUCGUUGGACCAUUUUGACUAAAUGUUAUCUUUUGAACCCCUAACUCCGUUCUGUCGUUGAGUUUUUCUUUCGUCUAAUCGCGCCGAGCGUCCGCCUACGCGGUUGGGCAAUCACCCAGCCUUAUUGCCCAAUCGGUACGCCCCGACUCUGUGCUCGGCCGAUUGGACCACCUGCCCUUAGCCGGGGGUUCACGGUUUUGCUUUUCCGAUUCCUUUCGUUCCCGCGAACCCUCCGCUAGGUGGUUUUAUUACGUGUAUGUAUGUAGAGUUAAGUAAAUUAAAGUAGAUGCAUUAGCUGAUCGAUGGUAAACUUACGUCAAUAGGAUUUAGACAUACAGAUUUAAAUGUACUAAGUAAAUGUUCUAGUCGUCUAAGAGACUAACAGUAAAGAGAAACUUGGUGAAGGACACUAUUAUAAGCCUUUAUAUGAACUAACUACUACUAUUUGCGAUUGGCAACUUAGAAAUAACGUGUCAAAUUCUAAUAUAAAUAAAACGAAUCUUUAAUGUAAUGUAUGCAUCUCGUGGACAGGGGGUAUAAUAUGGUAUUGCAGCCUAGUAGUAUCGUCUAUAUGUAGUUUCUUAUAUGUUCCUAGUGAGGAAUAUAAAUGUAUUAUUACUAAUAUUGACAUAUGAAAAUUAUAUAUUGUAUUAAUAAAUGUUUAUGGACGA